UGGUGGACCACAGUGCUCCAGUUGACUGCUUCACAAAAACUUUGAUUUUCUAAUGAUGUUUUAAGGACACCUCAUCUCCCAGAGACACCAUGGGUCGUACCGGAAGUGAGUCUUCAAGACGAUUACCACGCCAUCUUAGAUAUGAGGACAUUCCUACUCAUACAUUCACCCCCCGGACAUACCAGGUGGAGCUGUUGGAUGCUGCGGUCCAGCAGAACACACUGGUAUGUCUGGGUGCCACUUCCAGUUGUAUGUUCCUCAGUGUGAUGCUGCUGAAGGAGCUUGGUCAUCAGUUACAGCAGCCACUGGAUCAGGGAGGAAAGCGAGGCGUAUUCCUUGUCAAUAAUGGUAAAGAUAUAGCCCAGUAUGCGCUGGUGAUUGGCCACCACACAGAUCUGACCGUUGGUCAGUACUCCACAGACUGUCAGGACAGAGAUCAGAAUUGGUGGACAGUAGAGAUUCAAAGGUCACAGGCAAUGGUCAUGCUCCCCAAGUUCUUUCAAUACCUCAUCGAGGAAAAUCUUCUGAAGCUAUCUCAAGUCAAUGUGCUUAUCUUUGAUCACUGCCAGCAUGUAUUGGACAUUGAUCAUCCAUAUGAUCAUAUCACAAAGAGGCUACAAUCACAAAGCAAAUCUGAAGAUUCUCCCAGAAUCCUUGGUCUCACUUCCUGUUUCACCAGUCAUCAUUGUCAGGACCCGGUAAAAUUGAUUACAACUAUCAAACAACUAGAGAAACGCUUCAAUGCUUCGGCGGAGACAUCCACUCUUGUUUACUCUGAGAGAUAUGGAAUGCGGCCAACAGAGUUGAUGUUCGAGUGUGACAGGUAUGAGGAUAAAACUGGUAUGGUUGAAGAAUUGGAAGUUAUCUUGGAAAAUGCACUUCAUUUUCUGCAGGAAUGUAAAAUUAAGCUGGAUGGUAACGAAGACCCAAUAGAAACACCAAAGACAGUGAUCGUAGAGUGUCUCAAUAUCCUGUACCGUCUCGGUCCUUGGUGUGCAGUCAGUCUCGCUCAGAUGUUUGUCUCGCAGCUGGAGAAGAUUGACAAGCAUGAAACAGUAGACGUGAAAAAGAAGUUCCUACGCAUGGCUGCCACACAACUCCGGCUACUCAUCACUCACUUUGAAAACAACUUUUCACCAGAAUACGACAUUGAAGAACUGCUACUUUACACCACCCCAAAAGUGAAGAAACUUGUCGACCAUUUACGGCAGUUCAAACCCGACUGUGACUUCAAGAUCAUCAGCAGCGAAGAUGCAGAUGGAUUGGACGAUGAUUCCUACAUGUCGGAUGAUAGUCUAGCCCUGACUGAUUCCUCGGACGACGAGGACAGAGCAGGAGGAUCCAAGAUUAUACACGUUGCUGUGAAGAAAGACGUCCCUGAAGAUAAAUCAGGGAUACAGUUAUUCUCUGGCAGUGAUGACAAAUAUCUUUGUGGCAUUGUGUUUGUCGAUCACCGUUAUGUGGCAUUUGCUUUAAACAAGUUCAUAGAAGAAGUUUGUGCAUGGGAUGACCAGCUAUGUUUCAUCAAGAGUCACCACAUCACCGGGCAGGGGUCGAAGAAGGAAGGCAGUAAAAGCUAUAAAAAACAGGAGGAAAUCCUACGUAAAUUCCGCCUCCAGGAACUCAACCUUCUGCUGGCUACUGAUGUGUUGGAGGAAGGCGUUGAUAUACCAAAGUGUAACCUCAUUGUCAAGUUUGACCCACCGAAGGAUUACCGCUCAUACAGCCAGUCCAAGGGGCGAGCUAGGGCCAGGGAAUCUGAGUAUGUGAUUUUAGCAGACAAGACCAAUCUGAAGGCUUUCAGAACAGAAUUGGCUAAAUAUAAGGAAAUAGAAGGGGUGCUGAAGGGGAUAUGGAAAGCUAACGAGAAUGAGGAAGAGAUGAACUGUGAUAACAUUGCAGAUCUCUACCACGAUAUCCUGCCUCCGUACAAACCCAGUAAUGAGGAAGGAGGUGUCCAGGUCACUCUUACAUCCGCCAUCGCUCUCGUCAACAGAUAUUGUGCCAAGUUGCCAAGUGAUGCAUUCACCCACCUGACCCCAAAGUGUACAAUCCAUUUGACUCAGAAGGGGGGACAGACUGUGUACAGAGCCACCUUGAGACUUCCAAUCAACUCUCCAUUGAAAGAAGAAAUUCAGGGAAUACACAUGCCUACCAAGAUGCUGGCCAAACAAGCAGUAGCCUUGAAGGCUUGUGAGAUUCUCCAUAAGUCAGGGGAAAUUGACGAUCAGUUACUUCCUGUUGGAAAGGAGCUCUUCAUGAAGGAGGAGGAAGAUUCCAGUGCAUGGGACUCGGAAGACGUGGCUGGGGAGGCGAGGCCCGGUACAACAAAGAGGAAACAGUAUUACAUCAAACAGCUGGGGUCAUCCCUGGUGAAAGGUCAUCCUACUGUAGACAACAACUACGUAUACCUCAUCCAUUUAACGCUGACCCAGCCUAUAUCUGACGAUCAGAACACCAGGGGGCGCCGGGUGUACACACCAGACGAGACAAGGAGAGGGUUUGGAUUACUGAGUUCUAACCAUAUACCAAAGAUCCCUACAUUUCCAUUGUAUACAAGAUCAGGGGAAGUAACUGUGUCCUUGGACCUGUUACGGACGGAUACCUCCUUCACAAAGGAGGAUCUCACAAAACUGCGUGAGUUUCACCGAUUUGUGUUUACGGAAGUAUUACGUCUGGAGAAGGACCCCAUGGAGUUUCAACCGGAAAAGGCAGACCUUGGCUACUGUAUCAUUCCUCUUAACCGCAGAACAGACGGUUCAGACUACUUUGUUGAUUGGGAAUUUAUUGAGCUGGUGAAGCACUCCAAGCAAACCGUGAAGAGAAACAUAUAUGACUCCAAACGAGAAGUGUUCGAGUUUAAAAGACAAGAAUACGAAGAUGCCGUAGUUAUGCCUUCAUAUCGUAAUAUUGACCAACCACAGCAUUUCUAUGUGGCUGAAAUCCGCAGUGAUCUCAAUCCUUCAUCUGCAUUCCCAUCUCCCGAGCUUUACAAGACAUUUAGUGAAUACUACACUACCAAAUAUGGUCUGACAGUGACCAAUCAGGAGCAGCCUCUACUGGAUGUAGAUCACACUUCUGCUCGCCUUAAUCUUCUCACUCCGAGAUACAUGAAUCAAAAGGGUGUUGCCUUGCCAACAAGCAGUGCGGAGACAAAGAAAGCCAGAAGAGAAAAUCUACAACAGAAGCAAAUUCUAGUCCCAGAACUUUGUGAGGUUCAUGUCUUUCCUUCAUCACUCUGGAGAAAAGCUGUCUGCCUUCCCACAAUACUUUACAGAAUCAAUUAUCUCCUGGUUGCCGAGGAGAUCAGAAUCCGUAUCGCAACUGGUGCUAAUAUUGGGCAAGUGGACCUUCCUGAGGAGUUCCAGUUCCCUGCAUUGGAUUUUGGCUUCUCUUUGCAGGAUGAAAAAGAAAACUUGGAUGGUGCUGAAAGUAAGUUUUCUCUGAAAGAAAGCAAAGAUAUGAAUUCUGAAGACAAACAGGCUGGAAUUUCAAAUGAACAUAUGCAAAGAGAAGUGUUAGAAUUAACAGGGAAAUUGGAAAAUAUCAGUAUAGAUAGAGAAGCUCUGGAAAGUACAGUUGUAAAUACAAACGUAGAAGAAAACAGUGAAAAUGUGAAAAAUAGCAAUGAUGAGUCAAAAACUGCUUCCAAAAAUGGGAAAUCCGGCCACAGCAUGACAAUGACUGCUUGUGAAAAUGUGAAAUCUAGUGAUGACAAUGAAAUGGCUGUUUCUGAAAAUGUGAAAUCUAAUGAUGGCAAUGAAAUGGCUGUUUGUGAAAAUGUGAAAUCUAGUGAUGACAAUGAAAUGGCUGUUUGUGAAAAUGUGAAAUCUAGUGAUGGCAAUGAAAUGGCUGAAUGUGAAAAUGUGAAAUCUAGCGAUGACUACGGAAUGGCUGCCUGUGAAAAUGUGAAAUCCAGCCAUGACAACAAAGUACCUGCUAGUGAAAAUGUGAAAUUUCAAGAAUCUGUGAUAGAAAUUGAAGUUGUGAAAAAUGAGGAAAUUGUUAAUAAAAAUGAUGAAAACAACAAAUAUAGAUACACAGAAGCAAGGGUGGAUACUUCAGGGAAAAGUCAGGCUCCACAGGCUUACCAGGAAGAAGGGGCAGACUACUCUAGUCAAAUAACUGUUGUGAACAAAGAAAAAAAUGGGAAUGAUAACAAUAGUCAAUUAAUGUCUGUUUGUGAUGAUGAGGGCAGCAGAGCAACAAUAUGUAAUGGAACCUAUGCAGAAGAAACAAAUAAGCAAUGCAAUCUAAGUCAAGAUAACAAAGAUAUAAAAUGUGAUAUUUCUCAAUCUAAGUAUUGUCUACAAAGUGAAAUCUCUAAACUCGAAAACCACGACUGUGAUCAAACAGUACUUACUAAAUGCGUUAGCAAAGUAAGUAAACAUCAGUGUAAUGGCCUGUCCUCUAAUGGCCUCAUGAAAGAUUUCAGCAAAGUGACAACAGACUAUGCCAAUGAAGGUGACAAAUCGUUUUGCAACAGUUUACCUCAUGAUAACAAUACACACAAAUUAGACCAAGCCGAAAACUGUGAUAUUCAAACUGACUGUGAUAAUGCUGAAACAAAAUGCCAAGCAUCCUCAGGCUGGGAUGACCCUGUGAGUAACAGAGGUGAGGGUGGAAUGUUGACCAUGGAUGAUUCACAGAAUAAGGUCUCCGGUGAAGCUGUGACUGACAAUGGGAAAUCCAAAAGUAAUAAGAACCAAUCUGGAGAACAACAGAUUUCUGAUGAAGUAGCCGAUGUUUUUGCCUCUGUCGGUCAUUUUGGAAAAUCAGAUGAACGUGAGGUUAAGAAAUCCGCUCCUGUUGAUCUUGCCAAGGUUGCAUUCCCAGAUCCACUGUUGUCACUGGAUGUAGAUAUUGACCUGAGUAAGUAUAUAGGCCCUAGUCCCUGCACCAUACUUCAGGCUCUUACCAUGUCAAACGCCAACGACUUCUUUAGUCUGGAGCGACUGGAGACGAUCGGAGAUUCCUUCCUCAAAUACGCCAUCACUGUGUAUCUAUACUGUUCAUAUCCAGGUAUACAUGAAGGAAAACUUAGCUACCUGCGGAGUAAACAGGUCAGUAACUGUAACUUGUACAGAUUAGGGAAGAAGACGGACCUAGCUGAGUGCAUGAUCUCCACUAAGUUUGAACCCUAUGAGAAUUGGCUGCCGCCCGGAUAUGUCAUCAACGAGACAAAACGUAAGGGACCCGUACCACAUGUCGUCCUGAGUAAGACAAAUGGUCUGGCAAAGGAACCUCACGAAAAGUCAGCUGAGAAGAAAGGUCAUAGGAAGAUGCAGCAAGAGAAUAAAAGAUUAACGGAGGAUGAAAUUGACCAACAGAUCAUGGAUAUUGACCAAUGGCAGCAGGUGGAAGAGCAGGAUAUCGAAGUGAAUGAGGUGAAAGGCGUAGAUAUGUACUCGUAUUGUCUACAGACGCUUCACAGUAUCCCAGACAAGUCCAUCGCCGACUGUGUCGAGUCCCUCAUCGGAUGUUAUCUCACUUCCUGUGGUAAGAAGGCGGCUCUAAGGUUCAUGUACUGGCUCGGGUUGAAAGUUCUGCCACCAAAGGCGGCCACAGUAGAUGAUGUACAGGAGGAGGAGACAACAGUGCCCACUGCCUCAAAGGAGGACUGUCCAAAUGUGAGUUCCUAUGGUUACCAAUGUCCACCCUCACCACUCCUGUCUAACUCCGAAACUGACAGAGGUCUGAUGGAUCACCUUCUGAUAGGAUACACAUCAUUUGAGGAAAAGAUUGGCUACAAAUUCCGUGAUAGGGCAUACCUGCUUCAGGCUUUCACCCACGCAUCCUACCACUACAACAAUAUCACCGACUGUUACCAAAGACUUGAGUUCCUUGGCGAUGCUAUCCUGGAUUACGUGAUCACACGACACCUGUAUGAGGACUCCUGUAAAUACUCUCCAGGAGUACUGACUGACCUCCGGUCAGCUCUGGUCAACAACAAUAUCUUUGCUGCAUUGGCAGUCAAGUGGGACUUCCACAAGUACUUCAAGGCCAUUUCUCCGCCAUUAUUCCAGGUCAUUGAAAAGUUUGUGGCAAGGCAGAAGGAGAGAGAAGAUGAGAUAGAUUUGGAGGAUGAAGAUGAGAAUGAAGAUGCCAGCGAGGAGUACGUAGAGCUGGAGGUACCUAAGGCUCUGGGUGACAUCUUUGAGUCCUUGGCUGGAGCUAUAUACCUAGACAGUGGUCUGUCACUGGAUGUUGUCUGGAGGGUGUACUACAGGAUGAUGAAACCUCAAAUAGACAAGUACUUGAAGAGCAUUCCCAAGUCACCAGUGCGUGAGCUAUUGGAGAUGGAACCAGAGACAGCCAAAUUUGAAAAACCAGAGAGGACUUUAGAAGGGAAGAUCCGGGUCACUGUCAAUGUCGUCAGUAAAGGCGUAUUUGUUGGAAUCGGACGAAAUUAUCGUAUCGCCAAAAGUGCCGCCGCUAAGAAAGCCCUGCGCUGUAUUAAAGCUAUGCAAACCCAAGGAUUGAUUUAGAGACAACACAUGCCACAAAUCCUGUCCUCAUCCAAAGAUAGCUGUCCAAAGAUAGCUUGUGUAAUAUGUGAAAAUAUAGUUUUGUCAAUUGCCAUUUUAUGUGCGCGAAUGGAACUUGUCUAUGAUGUUAUGUAUACAUAUUAGCAUAAUGAUAUUUUGUUAACAAACUGUAUUUUAUUGGUUCUGGAAAUUUCUUUGGAAAAUAUAUUUAGGGCCUGGAAUAGGUAUUGGAAAGGCCUUGAAUUGGAUUUGACUAGAUCUAUAUGUACAUUGGAAAUCUAAGCCCUUGACUGAGAAAACCUGAUCUCGACCAGUUACCUUUAAGCUAAACUCGGGGACUAAUUUGAAGGUAACAUUUUUGUAGUAUAAGCAUAAUAAACUUCUGACAUUGAUACAAUUCUUGAAAGUUUUAUCAUCUUCAUCACGUGAAAGUUUUCAUCAUCUUUAUUACUUGAAAGUUUUCAGCAUCUUCAUCACAUGAAAGUUUUCAUCAUCUUCAUCAUGUGAAAGUUUUCAUCAUCUUCAUCACGUGAAAGUUUUCAUCACUUGAAAGUUUUCAUCAUCUUCAUCACUUGAAAGUUUUCAUCAUCUUCAUCACUUGAACGUUGUCAUGUCUUGAAAGUUUUUGUCACUCAGAAGUCUUCAUCACUUGGAGGUCUCCAUCACUGAGAUGUCCUCGUCACCUUUAUCUCUUGGAUGUGGUAAUCAAGGCUCACAAGGAAAACAUUAUGUGACAUCUAAGUUUCUUCUUAUAUAAUGUAAAGAAACAAUUCUGAUAAAUCUAGAUGAACUGUUUAUUGCGAUGAAAGCGGCCUGGGCAGUACUUAUAGCCUGAUGGGUAAUAACUGUAUGCCUGUCUGUUAAAGAGACCGUAAUCAUUCACACUGUUGAUUUACAUGGUCAAACAUUAAAUUAUAGCAUAAUAUAUAACAGUUGCUCUAAUUUUGAUACAAUAAUAUAUAAAGUGCUGUGUGAAAAUUAUUACAAAAUUUAUAGAUGUUAUCAUUUAUAGUAGAGUAAAUCUUCAUGAUAUGAUUAUAAAUUUGAAUAGCAUAAUAUUUGUUAAAUGAUCUAAACAAUAGAACUUUAACUGCUGUUCCUGUGUAUCAUUAUACUAUUGUUUAUCCCUCAGAAUAUUUUUAUAUAGCAUUUUUGUCAUGAGAUGCUCAAAAGUUUAGUGUUGUCUGACCAGCUGGCUAGGUUUCAACACUUUUUUUCCUUUUGCAUCCAUUUGUUAGUACUGUAACAUUGGAUUGGGUGUAUGGUAUCCUGGUAGACAGGAAAAACAUGUAUAUGAUAUGAUUUUUUGUAAUGUUUGAAAUUUCGCAAUUUCAUGAUACAUUGUAAGACUUCAGUAAAAAGAGUAAAUCCUUCACAGAAGAGAUGAAACGGAAUGCAGACUGUAUUUUCAGUUUGAUAUUAUUUUCUAGGUAUAUAUUUUUCAGGAUUUUGUUUCAUCCUUAAAGAUAAUAAGAUUUACAGUAACUGAGAUAGGACAAUGAUAAUAAUACUAAAAUCAGUGAUAAUUCAGUUUUAUGAUAAAUCAACAUAUUGCCAUUUUAUUGUCUACUAUCUAAGAUGAGUUAUUGUACAUAUCUACUGAAAAUGUAGUCUUCUCCACUUUAUAUGCUGGUUCAUAUACUCUUGUACUCGGCUAUCUUCAGUUAAUAUGCAUUGACUAAUGAUAAUCUUGUACCAGGGAAUGGUAUCUUAAAACCAUAAAGUGAUUAUGCAGAGUUAUGUCCCUUCCAUUGUACGUUUCUGUCUGUUGUCAGGGGGCGCGGCAGCCGAGUGGUUAAGGUGUCCCGACACUUUAUCACUAAUCCUCCACCUCUGGGUUGCGAGUUCGAACAUAUGUGGGGCAGUUGCCAGGU